CUCAGCGGGCGGUGGGGACUCUGCUUCCCAGCGUGCUCCGCGCGGGCCGCCGCGGCUGACGGCGCCCUUCCUGUGCGCGCGCGCUGCGGGGUGCGGCCGGAUGUACCCGCCUGGGCCGCGCGCUGCGAGGAGGAGCGGUUGGCUCGCGCUCCGUGAGCAGGAGGAGGAAGGAGGAGAGCCUGAUUGAGAACAGCAUGGAAGAUUCUCCUGGAGACCUGUCCAUUCAGAGAGAUGCCAUCUUGUCUGAGUUGUACCAUAUUCAGAUCACCACGGAGAAACUGGUGCAGCAGCUGAGAUCCUUGGUGGCUUUAACUGACCCAGAGGAAGGGAAAUUGUUUCAGUCUCAAGAGACAGCUUUAAAGUCACUGGAUAUUUGGAAGACCUUAUUUGCUGCUGCUGGGCCUAAUCCAGAGAGCACAGUUGAGUAACAGCCCAAAGAUGGGAGAUGAAGGUGCUGGUGAGCCCUUUAUGGGUAUAGUGGAUGGCGGGGUCAAAGAUUAUGAGGGCACUCUACCUUCUGACACAGUUUCACUCAGUGAUUCAGACUCUGAAGACUUUGGCUUAGCGGAUGAAGCAGAAGUUGAUACGAUUUCUCCAGUGGAACCACCGUCUUUGGAUGAUGUAGGUUAUGGAUCAGAUGAGAUCCCUGAUUCUUCAAACAGCAACCUUAAGUCUCCUGUCCAGCCAUUCCAUCUGAGAGGCAUGAGCUCUACCUUCUCACUGCGUAGCCAGAGCAUAUUUGACGGCCUGGAAGGGGCAGCCAAAUUAGCGGCGCCCUCUAUGGCUGAAGAUAACAUUAUUGAUGGGAGGUUUAAGCGCCCUCUGCCCCCACCCACUCCUUUAAGCAAGAUGGCUGCGGAAAGCCUUGGAAGGCAAAGCAAGCCACCCCCAGCUCCCAAAAGCUCUCCAGGAGUCCCGGAUUACGUGGCACAUCCAGAACGCUGGACAAAGUACAGCCUGGAGGGAGUUUCAGAGUCCAGUGAUAAGACCAACAGGAUGGCUGCCAUGGAGUUCCUAGAGGGCUUGAAGAAGAAAGGAGGAGAACAAAGCUCAGCUAUGCAAGACAGCUACACCCCAUAUUUCAACCAGGACCCGUCCAGCUAUGGUGCUGGAAGGAUAAUAUUUACCAAGCCCACAAAGAUAGGCAUGCGUAGUUCGGAAAGGAAAAGACCAGCAGAGGAGGAUGGUAAGAAGCUCCUGAACACAAAGCAAGGUCUGAAUGAGAAAUCUCCCAAAAAGGGCAGUGACCUGAGGGAGGAAGAUGAAUUUGAGCUGGGCCAUCUAGACAUUGAAGGGAAGAAGACUAUGGAGGAAGAGGAGCAGCUGAAGUUGGAGGACCUGGGUUCAAAAAGAGAACUUGGCACAGGUUCCGCUCACACAGGUGAAGAUGCUUUGGUGGAAACCGUAGGGUUUCACGGUAGUAAGAAAAGGAGUAGGAAGCAUUUUCGUCUCAAAGCAGACUAUGAAGAGGCUGAAGAGUCUUAAGAGAGAAACUAAUUAUACCCAUCCAGAGGCCUCAAUGUUAUUCCAGAAGGCUACCUUCGUUUGCUCUCUCUCAGCUCAGAUCUCACUAGUGGGGCAGGAGGCAGGCAUUUGUCUAGCACUCAGUUUCAUGAUCUCCAAAUACACUAUUUUUAGUAAGUUUGUCAGAAAUUAAGGUACAAAAACCCUAUGCCUGCAGGGAACACAGUGUGGGCACAGCACCUGGAGGGGUAGGGAGUGGGGUGUGUGCUCUUGAACAAGCCCUUGACUGACGCUGGCACAGUGUCAAGUCUUUGACCACAGAGAUAACCUAUCCUAACACAAGUACUUCAGAGUGAGGGAAGAGUGAGGGAUCCAGGAGGACCCCCUGCCUUUCCCUAUUCUUCCACCCUCUUAUAAAAAAUUAGAACCCCCGGUCAGUGCUGUAGAAGUCUGGGGUCAAAAGGGAUCAGGAUUGAAGAGGAGCAUAUAAGGUAGAGUUUUAAAGUA